GAGUUCAGCGGUACUAGGGCUACCAGGAAGCCGUGAGAAUGUCAUUGGUCUCUCGGCGAAACACUCAGAUAUAUGUCGCUUUGAUCCGGACUCAGAAGCUGACAGAGAGAGAUAUGAAAUUGUCAGGGACAACGUGGCCGAAUUAUGCAAACUUGCUACAGACCCAGAUCAUCAGUGAUAGCACCAGCUCUAGUUACCGAAAUACUGGAGAGUCUGAGAGCGCUAGCAUACAAUGCUCGAUUUGAAGACAUGGAAGAAGGAUUUAAAGGGACAUCGGAAUCGAUUUGGAAAUCCUCAGAAGACCUCGGUGACCAUAAAGUCGAAGGACCAGGGUUCGUGGAAUGGUUGGAGUCUGGAAACCUUUUCUGGCUCAACGGCUUGCCAGGGAGCGGAAAGUCUACGUUGAUGAAGUAUGUUAUUGAGCACGCAAAGACGAAAGAGCACUUGUCAAAGGCCGAUCCCAGGAACUGGCUUCUAGCAUGCUGGUUCUUCUACGAGCUUGGUGAUGAGACGAGCUUCAACUCUCUUUUGCAUUCUUUGCUCCUCCAGAUUCUGACCGCCCAGCAACACCUGGUGCCGCUCACUCUCCAGAUCUACAGAAAAGUCCAAAGUCGUCCCAAGCGAAAUAGUUCAACUGACGAGACCUGGUCAGAUGGAGAUCUGAUGCAAGCCUUAACGAUUAUUGUUACCCAGUCAGCCGAUCACUUCAAUCUCUGUAUCUUUGUCGAUGGUUCGGACGAAUGCGGGCCGCGCGAGCAUCUGCGCUCCCACGUGAAGUUUCUGUUGGAGUGGCUCGCCUCCGGUGAAAAAGCCCGCAGAAUCAACAUGAAGCUCUGCAUCGCGAGUCGCGAAAUCACCGAUAUUUGGGUGCAGCUAAAGAAUUAUAAGACUUGCCAGAUUCAUCAUUGGACUACCGAGGAUACUGUCACAUAUGCUGAGCAAAGUCUACGAGCAGCCUUCGAUGACAGACUUUGGGGGUUCAACUCCGACCGACAUGCGGAAUUGCUAGAGACCCUCUGUAGGGAGAUCUCCGAGAGAUCUAACGGAGUAUUCUCUGGGUAAGAUUGGUCACCGAACAACUUAUCUUUGCUAUCGAAGGGGGUACGGAUGAAAAGAGGAUGCUUCGUUAUUUGGAAGAGAUGCCUAGAGAUUUAAGGCUUCUGUAUGAGCGCAUUGUGUUCAAUAUCCCAACCGAUUUGAUUCAGG